UAAGCCUACGUCAUCAUUUCCGUUUCCGUGUAUUGAACUAGAUGAAUCAUGUAAGGUUUUUUAUCGCUUUUUGUGUUAUUCCAGUGGUUUCAAUGCACUUUUAAAAUGCGUGGAUAACAAAGAUGAAGACGGGAACUUUCCCUUGAAAACAAAAUGUAGCUAGAACAUACACGUGAAUGCAUUUAUCUGCCGUAAGCAAGGAGGUGUUUACGAUGGCUGUGCUGUAACAUCAGUGUGACUCAGGUUUGGUGCAUUGCUUGGCUAUGCAAUGAUGUGCUGCUCGGAUGGGGUUAGAAACAGAAGAUCGUUGUGGGACGUUAAAACUUCCACACCUUGACUAAUGACGAUCGCAGGCAACCACUGAUUAUUUUCAUCUGCUCUGACUUGUGCAUGACAAAAUUCCUGUAAAAUUAGAAUUGUGGCUAUGGAGGAGAGUACUGAAGAGAUGAGGGAAGAGUGGACCUUGCUCCUUUGGACCAUGGUUGCUGUUCUGGUCCCAGUGAUAAUCACACUGUGGUGCAGCUUCCAGCGUCCCAAACGCAAAGUUCAGCUGAAAGAUCUGUUCCGAAAGAGCAAACAUGGCUGGCACUACACAGACCUGUUCAACAAGCCCACCUACUGCUGCGUGUGCUCUCAGCCCAUCCUGCAGGGGGCGUUCUGUGACUGCUGCGGCAUAUGUGCGGAUGAGGAGUGCAUACAGAGGGCAGAUCGCAUCCUCUCAUGUAAGGAGAUCAUGACCCAGAGUCAGACAGAUGGGAGGUUUUACCAUCAGUGGGUCAGGGGAAAUGUGCCCCUCGCCAGCUACUGUGCCGAGUGCAAGCAGCAAUGCGGGACUCAACCUAAACUCUGCGACAACAGGUGUGUAUGGUGUCAGACCACAGUGCAUGAUGACUGCCUUUCUAGUCUGAAUGAUGAUUUGUGUGAUCUUGGAGAGUUCCGUUCUGUUAUCAUACCUCCGUAUUACCUCUAUCAAGUCAACAAACUCCGCCGAAGGCACCCUGAUGAGUACAGCAAGCUUGCUGCAGGCUGUGGGAGUGGCUGGACUCCAGUUCUGAUCUUGGCAAACACAAGAAGUGGCAACAACAUGGGGGAAGUUUUGCUGGGAGAAUUUCGUACCCUCCUGAACCCCGUGCAGGUGUUUGAUCUCUCUGAGCUGCCUCCCUCUAAAGCCCUGCAGCUGUGUACUCUUCUGCCCCCAGGCAGCGUGCGUGUUUUAGUGUGCGGGGGAGAUGGCACAGUAGGCUGGGUUCUGGAUGCCAUUGAUACCAUGAAGCUGAAGGGUCAGGAUCAGUUUAUCCCUCUUGUGACUAUCCUGCCGUUGGGCACAGGCAAUGAUUUAUCAAACUCUUUAGGAUUGGGAGCAGGAUAUGCUGGAGAGAUUCCAGUAGAACAGGUGCUCAGGAAUGUUCUAGAGGCUGAGGUAGUCAAAAUGGACAGGUGGAAAGUUCAAGUUGUCUCCAAAGGAAACUAUUUUCGUAAGCCAAAGGUGUUGUCCAUGAAUAAUUAUUUCUCAGUGGGUCCUGAUGCUCUCAUGGCACUGAACUUCCAUGCGCACAGAGAGAAAACGCCCUCCUUUUUCUCCAGCCGAAUCAUCAAUAAGGCAGUGUACUUCCUCUAUGGUACCAAAGAUUGUUUAGUGCAAGAAUGUAAAGAUCUGGAUAAGAGGAUUGAGCUGGAGCUGGAUGGAGAACAAGUGACUUUGCCCAGUCUGGAGGGGAUAAUAGUGUGCAAUAUCGGCUACUGGGGCGGUGGCUGUAGACUGUGGGAGGGAAUGGGAGAUGAACCCUAUCCUCCAACACGUGUUGAUGAUGGUUUAUUAGAGGUGGUGGGAGUGUAUGGCUCAUUCCACUGUGCACAGAUUCAGGUGAAACUGGCCAAUCCUGUGAGGCUGGGACAGGCACAUACAGUACGGCUGGUGUUGAAGAGUUCUCGGAUGCCAAUGCAGGUGGAUGGAGAGCCGUGGGCGCAAGGUCCAUGCACCAUCACCAUUACCCAUAAGACCCAGGCUCUCAUGCUGUACCACAGUGCAGAACACACAGAUGAUGAUGACUCCAGCGCCUCGGAGGCCGAAGAACCCUCAGCCGAUCACAUUGACACAGCUAGCAACACACAGGAAACUGUGACAGUGUCUUAGUAAGGCUGUAAUCAUUCUGUCUGUGCUAUUUCCACCCCAGAAGGUAGCACAGCAUGAAAGGAAGACACCCUGAUGUGAUAAAUGUCUGACGUCAUAAAUGUAAAUGUACAUAACGUGCAUGUGCUGUUCUAAUAAUAACAUCUGCAGUUAUUUCUGGGAGUUUAAGAGCCCCUUUUUCUCUCAAGCACAGCUCCUGCAGUUCCCAAACUGUCCACAAGAUGUCUAUCUCUGUAGAAACAUAGGUUUCUAGAUUUGUGUGCAUACAGUCCUUUUUUUUUUCUCCCAGGGAGUGUUACCCGGAAGCUCUGAGAAGUGGCUCAGGUUUUAGAUAAUUAGUCCACAAUGGAAUCAUAUUUAGCUGUAAGCAGAGCUCAGGCAAUCAUAAAAAAGAAAAUUCAGUCCAGUGGAGAAUGUUACUAACAAAGCUGCUUGGACACAAAUGUUUUGCACUGAUCUUGAGUGCCAUAGGUCUGUGAGAAUACAGCUCGCUGCAGAAAUCUUGCAUUUGAGUUGUAUAUGUCGAUGAAGCUGUGCAAUAAUUUUGUUUAGGUCUUUGUUUUGUUACUCCUUUUGUGAAACACCUUUGCAUCGCUUGAAUCUAGAGUAGAUUGUGAAUGGGCAUGCCAUUGAUAUCUUAUUAUUUUGCAACUAUUCCACGUGUGUUAUUGGUUUAGUUUAUGAAAUGGCAGUAAAAUGUUUCAGAGCACUGGAUUAAGAUAACGUUAUUUAUUUCGUUUUUUGCAUACGCUGAUUAUCAAGCACUUUUAUUGUUUUAUUCAUUGUCUCCACAUUUCCAUAGAGAUUUAUGUUUUUUAUGCAUCCUGCUUAAGUAAAUUUGACUUUGCCUAGAAUAUAACCACCCUAAUAGGGUUUCUGAGUAUUUUCUUUAGUCCCACUCUUCCAAAUCUUUCUGAUUUCAGUGCAGUUUUAGCAUAAGAACAGUAAUGGUCUUGAAAAACUAAGACAGCUUUUGGAGUGGUAGUAUGUAAUGUCACAAGUUUCAUAUAAUUUUAUCUACAUCUGUGGCUUUCCUAAUGGUAACUCUCCCUGAACUAGCGUCACCUCUCUUUGCAGGAGUUAGGCAUAUUAUCCAUUAAAACCUUUUUUGCUGAUGUAAUGUAUUUGAGAAGUUUAUAAUUUGAUUUAGUUAAUUUCAUGUUCAGAGUGAUUUUACAGAAACAAUUUUAUAGAUUGUUAAAGAGAACUGUUAUCUAGAUGGCAGCCAUUUAUCAUAAUUUUGAAGGAGAUUUUGAUAUAUAUAUAUUUUUUUUUUUUUUUUUUUGGAAGCUAAAAGGUUUACAAGAGUCUUACCAAAAGUAUAUAAUUUUUUUCUCAAAGACUGAAUAUUUUCCCUUUAAAUGAUCUGUAUCAGUUGUACAUCCAAAUGUAGACGGCUGUAUUAGUUUGAUUUAAAAAGUUUAGAAUGCUUCUAUACCUUGAGAGAGGAUAAAAUCAAAAUUGUGAUGUUUUUUGAUUAGUGUCAUUAAAACUUACUUUUUCGAAUAUGUUUGUGUAUAAAUACUGAAGCAGUAGUUGUGAUGAAAACAUUUUUUCUUUACAACUGUAAUUGCACUUUUUUUUUCUAUUUACAUAUGCUCUAAACGUGUCAAAGGGGUUUUAAACAUGACUGUUAUUCUCCUUGGGAAUACUGAUAGUUUAUCAUUUUAAAUGUUUGUGAGUGUUAGAUGAAAUGGGAUUCUCUGUAUUGAAUACUGAAGGUUAAAAUAUUUUGCACUGACCUCUGUACGCUAGAAACAUGACACGAGGAUAACACCCAUGGCUUCGACUUGUUUUUCAAACUCGAAUGAAGCCUAGUUUUUAUUUGACAGUUGCCGCUCCUGGCAUUGUUUAAUGUGUAACUAGGCUUGUUUGUAUACCCAGAUAACAUUAUUACAAGUUGGAGACGAUUGAGCCAAACAUUUCAUUAAGUUAGAACAUAAAAGAAUUCCUUGGUCAAAAAUUUGGUUAAUUUUUUUUUUAUUGUUCAGCACUGAAAACAAUGUGAGCUGCACAAAUGAACAAUCACCAUUACAGGAGCAGGAUUAAGUCAUCCCAUAACAAUUUCACAAAUGUGAUCAAUACAAUGGAAGAUGAGAGAGAAAGAACAAUGAAUCUAGAUGAUGUUAUAUUUAUUCUUAUAUGAGACUUGGUCAUGUAAUGCCUUUAUUGGCAUCAUUCUGAUAUUUUAUUUUCUGUAUAUUUUGCUCCCCAACAAUGUACAAUAUUUUCAUUUACAUUUUUUAAAUAAUCAGUUACUCUGAUGAUACUUGAUGUAUCAACCAAAGUUGUAAUAUUGCAUAAAGCAAACAAUAAAUGCCUACUAAACUUUU